AUGACCAAUUGGGAGAGUCUUUCUGGAGAGAACCAGACGGGCAUCGGUGUCCUCAUCCUGGUGGGGUUUUCGUCCCUAAACAAGCUGCAAAUCCUUCUCUUUCUGGUGUUUCUCCUCACCUACCUGCUCACCCUAAUGGGGAACCUGCUCAUUGUACUACUGAUCAAGCUGAACCCCUCCCUCCACACCCCCAUGUAUUUCUUCCUGGUGAACCUGUCCAUCUCGGAAAUCUGCUGCACCACCAGUGUGACCCCGCAGCUGCUGGUCCACCUCCUGGUGGAGGAGAAGACCAUCUCCCUCACGGGCUGCGCGCUCCAGUUGUACGUCUUCACCGUCACGGGCCAAACCGCCUGCUGCCUCCUGGCGGCCAUGGCCUACGACCGCUUCAUGGCCAUCUGCCGCCCGCUGCACUAUGCCACCAUCCUGAGUGACCGGGUGCUCAUCGGUAUCUUGGUGGCCGUAGCUGAGACUGUGUUGCUCUUCAGCCUACCCUUGUGUGGAACCCACCAGAUCCCCCAUUAUUUCUGCUCUGCCCAGCCGUUACAGAAGAUGCUCUGCACAUAUACGUGGAAGAACAUGAUCGUGGACUUUUCCAUUCUGGUGCUGUUCGUGAUGGGUCCUUUCCUACUGAUCACCCUCUCCUACGUCCGCAUCAUCUCCACCAUCCUCAAGCUGCCAUCGGCAGAAGGGAGGCGUAAUGCCUUCUCCACCUGCUCCUCCCACCUCACGGUGGUGACGUUGCUCUACGGAACGGCCCUUUUGAGUUACCUGAACCCCACGUCCAGCUCCACCCCCGAAAGCAAUCAGCUGAUAGCCCUUAUGUACACAGCUGUGACACCAAUGUUGAACCCCGUCAUAUACAGUCUGAGGAACAAAGAGGUGAAGGGAGCCUUUCGAAACACAGUCGGGAAAGCCAUCUUCUCACGCAGCCGGAGAUAUUAG